AUUCAUGGUCGGUGCACGACGAAUCUGAUUUUGAUUCGAACUCUUCGGCUCACACGCCUCCUCGAGCUCCCGAACCUAACGCGUGGGCACGUGGCAGUUAUUUAGUGGGCCAAACGCAUCCAACAGUUUCUAAAGUCUCAAUUUUCAUCUAUUCAUUCACUCAUUGAGAUUUGAGAUAGGAAAAAAAAAAGAAAAAAGAAAAAAAAAAGAAGCCAAUCCGCGACGACGACGACGACCUCCCUCGAUCUCUCUCCUCUCCUGCUCCUCCCCCUUUAUGCGAGCCAUCUUCCCGCGUUGGUGCGCCGCCGCCGCCCCAAUCCGCCGCGAGAUCGUCUCCGGCGUCGUCGUCGCCGUCGCCGGCGUCCGCCUCCCUUUCGUUCUCCCUCUCCGCCGCCGCCGCCGUGCAUUCCAUCGGUGUCUCCUCUCCGCCGCCACGGCUUCGCCGAUCAUGGGAUCCCUCAACAGAAACGAAGAGGUGGCGGGGGAGGAGAAAGAGAAGGGAAAAGCCCCCGCGUCGGAGGAAUCGCAAUCGCAAUCGCAAUCGCAAUCGCCGCAGACGCAGAAGCAGAAGCAGAAGCAGCUGCAGGCCCCGGAGAAGCCGCUUCCGGGGGACUGCUGCGGCAGCGGGUGCGUGCGCUGCGUUUGGGACGUCUACUACGAGGAGCUCGACGCCUACCAAAAGAGCCUCUCCUCCUCCGCGGCCUCUAACGCAAAAGAUAAUUAAUUAAUUAACGAUGAUGAUAAUAUGUGCUUUUAUCCCUUCAAUUUGGAUAGAGGUGUUAGGUUUCGUACGUAAAAAAAUACUCUAUUUAUUCAUAAAUAAUAUGUUGGUUACGAUAUAUUUUUUACAGUUUCAUCAUAGAACACAGAAGUAUAUUCCUAUAUAUUUUUAUUUUAUUUCAUUCUAUCUAAUAGCAGUAGGUAGAUCUCAAUACUAAACUAAGUCAUAGAUGCGUUGCAAAAUCUUUGUUAUCAAAUUCAAUUUUGUGUUUUGGUUUUGGCGAUAGUUUUGCUGUGCGAUAAAUUUAAAAAAAAUAUUUAUAAAGGAAAAAAUGGGUGACUAGUUUUAGCCUGUAAAGAAAUCUGUUUAGAAAUUUCUUCUUCUUCUUUUUUUUUUUUUUCGCUCUAGACUCAUACAUCUUAUUGUACACACAAAGUUUUGUACUCACUUUUUCAUAGUGAAGUGAUCUCUUCAUUCGCCCAUGAAUUUUCUUUUUUCUGUACAAAAUUUUUCUACGUAAAUCCUUGUAUUCUAUUUUGUUUUAUUAUUUUUUUAUGAUU